AUGCAUUUCGCCACCACCAUCUUGGCCCUCGUCGCUGCUGCCGCUUCCGUGCAAGCCAUUCCUCCGGCUAUCACUCCCCGUGAUGCUGAGUUCAAGGCGAUGCUCGAAAAGAGAGGAACUACCAACUGCGGCUCUGGCGCUGGAUGGCCCACGGACACCCUCAUGCCCAAAGUCUGCGACGCUCUCGCCAUGAACGGCAAAAGAACCGCCACCAUCCAAUUGCGAAACCAAAGAACGUCGGACCACUCUUUCGCCUACAUUUCCAAAAACUACAAAAGCGGUGACAGAAUCAGUAACGAUCUUUCUAACAAGGGUUAUUCUAUGCGAGCUUGUAUGGAUAUGGUUGAUGGUGGGUUUGUUUGUACCGCUUGGUAUAAGGAGGAUUUGAAUGGGGAACAUGUCAAGGUUGGUGGGAAGAAGCAGCAGUCGUAG